UUUUAGAAAAUGAUACGAGAUGUUCAUUGUACGAAACACCGCCGGAAGUUGUAGAUGGUACGUGUUUCCCGUAGCAACAGGAAGCGUCUGUGGAUUUUAUUAUUAAUUUUCGGACAGAACAAAAACAUAAAAGGCCAACAUGGGUGACAGUGAGCCCCCAUCAAUACGUCCACCAGAGACAAUAACAAUUACAGUCCUAAGAGCAAGGAACCUGAAAGGUUCAAGUGCCAAGGCAGAUGCAGUCAAUGCAAUGGUUAAAGUGGAGUUUGGAGAGAGAAGUCUCGGCGAAUCUCCGAAGGUGGACUGUACAGCUGAAACUCCAGCAGAGUUUAAUUACAAUGCCACUAUGAGUUGUACUUAUGAUGAUCCUACAGCUUUAGAUGAGAUUGCUCAUAAACCUGUUGUCUUGACAGUUAUAGAGGUCCUUCCAAAAGAAAAGAAACAAAAAGAGGAAAAAACAGUUCUUCUUGGACAAUGUACAGUUGAUAUGUUACCAUUAGUAAAAGGAGAAACAAAACACAGACAUACACUUAUAGUAAAUCCUCUCCCUGGAUCACCUAUGGAAACUUUACCACCAGAUGCACCAAGGCCGGAAGUAGAUGUUUUGUUAUCAGUGAACGAGCCUCUAGUUGAUAACUCACAGAUGAACGCCGGGAACCUGAUGACUAUUACAGUAGAAAGUCUCUUCUCUCCACCAGAAUCUUGGUCAGUGACUGGUACCCAGUAUGCUUAUGCUGCUGCCCUGCCAGUACCUGUAAAUGCUGAGAAAGAAACACCCAUUGUUUUUGCAAAUGGUAUGUUGAAACCUGGAAUAGAUAAAGAAGUGCCAAAUAAACAGAAGAAAUGGGCAGUCCCAGCCACUGCUCAGGGCAAUGCUAUUUAUAUACCAGACCAAUUUAUUGCCCAAGAUGCAAUAGAAGAUGAGGAUGGAGAUUUCCGAGGAAAGGAUGACAGAGAACAUAGAACGAUCGCAGAACAGGAGAAAAAUAGAUGUACAUGGAAUACUGAACGUCGGUCAUACCUUGAGGGUAGUGCUGUUAAGAGUUUCCAAGACAAAAUCGCCAAAUGCCGUUACUGGCCAUUAGAAGUAAUGCGACUACCCCAACCUGCCAGUGGUAAAGGAAAAAAGAAGCAAGAUGACCAUGCAGAUACAAAGAAAGGGGGAAAUGGGCCUCGUAAGGACGAUGAGGGAGCAGUGAGUUUCCAUGGUGUAGCCUUUGUUAACUUAGCUCCACUUUUAUAUCCAGGAGUGAAAAGAAUCAGGGGUGCCUACAAAAUACAUUCCUACACUGAUCAAGCACUAGCAGAAAAGACUAAAAGAAAGAUGGGACUAGGUGAGGAGGCAGCUAGAAUUGCCAAUAAUAUUCUUAACCGUAGCAGUGCGUCCCCUGGUCCAAAGAAAGGGGCCGGAGGAAAAGAUGACAAGAAAGAGAAGGAUGUUAAGAAAGGGCAUUCAAGACAAGAUGAUUCCAGGAGAUCCAAUAGUAUAGCACAAACACAUGAUACCGAGGAUCACGACACACAUGCCAAGGAUCAUCAUGAUCACAAGAAGGGAGAUAAAAGUAGCAUGAUAACGUCACAGACGAUAAAAUCUGACGCAGGCUCAGAGCAUGAAGCCCAAGCCCCGGUCAACCUUGAAGGUCAACAGUAUGUUGAUUCCAAGUCAUACAUCAUGUUUGAGAUCCGUCUAGAAAAACCACUCAUCCCAAAACGGCCCCCAGAGGAGCUCGCACGUAGAGUCGCAGAGUACAUCCCUCCAAGACCAUUGUUCCCAAAGAGAACUGAUGGAGCACAGAGGGCAGUUGAAGACUUCCACACCCAAGUUUCCAGUGUUGCUGGUCUUGUCCUUGAUGAAUUCAGGGACAUGUUUGGGGAUGAGCUCAGAACAGAUGAAAAUAUUACCCAGGAGGCCAUGGAAUCUAGACGGCAGAAGUUAAUCUAUGAGCUGAAUGCAUCUGGGAAGUAUUUUGCCUUCAAGGAACAGUUAAAACACUCUGUUGUGAAAAUUGUUAGAGAAAAAUAUCUGAAAACAACAAACUUUGAAGACAGACAAGAGUUGCAGACAUUCUUGAGUGAGUUGUAUGUGUACCUGAUAGACCAGAUGCAUGAGUCCCUCACCAAGACUCUUGCCCUCGAGGACCAGGCUCCAGUGCCUGCACCUCUCACAGACUCGGCACAGCUGAAACACUUUGCCAGGGAAGCUGAAGUCAAUGGCAACUUUGAACUGGCCACAAAAUAUUACCAAGAGCGUAUUGCACGUGACAGAAAUGAUCCCAGCCACUGGUUUGACUAUGGAACAUUCUGUCUAUACAUCAAUGAUAUUACCAAGGCUGAGGAAUGUUUUAAAGAAACUGUUGCAAUAGAUCAAAAGCAUUUACAUGGUUUAUUACUUUAUGGUGUUGUGUGUACAUUACAAGAGAAGCACGAAGCUGCGGAAACAUUUUUUGAGGCGGCAACUUGCGUACAACCUAAGAGUAUACUAGCCUGGACAAUGCUUGGAUUAUUCUAUGACGCUGUUCAGAAUGAGAUAGGAGCUGAGAUGGCGUACAUUGAGGCCAAUAAGUUAAACCAACAGGCAGCUGUUAACAUGGCAAGAGCGCUGAGAGAGGAGGAGCUUGCCAAACAGAGGGUGGAGCAUAGUGAAAGUGAGGCUUCACAUAAAGAUGAUCAGGGUGGUCUAGCUCCACCCACUAGCAAUACGCUAGUUCCAGAUAUAAAGCAGCCAACCCCGCCCUCAAGUGAGAGAGGGCAGGGCUCAGCUAGAUCUAGUGAAAAAAUGUCAUCAGCAAGACGACCAUCAGCUUCCAAGAGAUCAUCAGCAGUUUCAGAGAGAUUGGAAUAUCAGAUAAUAGAGGGUGAGGAGGAGGGGGUAGCAAUAUCUGUGCUCUCCGAGAAACCCCCGUCAGCGGAAAAGAGUCACUUAACAGCCACUGAUUCAAGGGAGACAACAAAAACUGGGAGAAACAAAUCUGAUAGUAAUCUGUCAAGACCAAGUAGUGAAUAUCGCAGGGGAAGUGCCAGAGGUACCCCACAACUGGAGGAGGCUAGUGAAGAGACUCCGCCAAGAGAACCAACCCCUGUACCCACCUCCAGUAUCUACAUGCAGGCCAUUGAUUGGCUGCUAGAAGUGAAGGCUGUUCCAUUUACAGAGCGGGCAUUGGGUCAUGAAUUGUUAUCACCAAUGGGAGGUCUCACAGCUCAUUAUCAUAUUGCUCUAGCAAGAGUUAAACUACAAAAGAGUGAGCUAAAGGAGGCGGAGGAAAGUUUAAAUGAAGCUCUACAGUUUGAUUAUCAGAACCCGGAUGUGUGGGCAUUGAUGGGCCAUGUGAUGUAUUUGAUAAAUGACACAACAGAGGCGAAAGGUUGUUAUGAGAGAACAAUAGACUUUGUAGCUGAUGCUUCAGAAAUGCAUUCUGUAUAUCUUAGACUAGGCUCAAUUUACUUAAGGGAUGAAAAGUUCCAAGAGGCUAAGAACACAUUCUUAAUGGCAUGUAAAAGAUCUCCAUCUUGUGUAUCAUGGCUUGGGGUUGGUAUGGCAUGCUACAGACUUGGAGAAUUAUCAGAAGCAGAAGACGCUCUAUCAGAGGCAAACAUAUUAAAUAAUUCUGACCCUGAAGUUUGGGGUUAUCUCUCCCUAGUCUGCUUAAAAACAGGACGACAGCUGGAGGCUGAGCAAGCCUAUAAAUAUGCAAUAAAGGUCAAUUUAGAGGAUACAGAUUUAUUGGAUGAAAUUAUCAAAACACAGAAAGAAGUUGGCUUUGGAAAUCCUCAGUUUUAAAAAUAAGAAAGAGAUCUGAUAUGGACAGGAACAAAAAAUGUUUUAGGAUUCAAUUUGACUGAAAUAAACAUUGUAAAGAAAUUUUCCAUUGAUAUGAAAAGUUUCCAUGAUAAAAAUUAUUAAAAAAAUGAAAAAUGAGAAGAUUGUGACUAUUAUUUAAAAAACAGAAUCUGUGAUAUUUAUAUUAUCAUACUUAUUUACAAUGCAUUUUACUUGUUUAUAAAGUAUUAGAAGUAUAUAUUGUUGGAAAAAAAUAAAACACAUUUUACAAUCAAA